AUGUUUUUACGACCACUUACGCCUCUCGACAUGCCUACCUCCCAGUUUGACAAGGCAUUUUCUAUACUGGAGCAAUCCUUCCGAGAUGCCAACUUCCUGCAAGCAUAUAAGGCAUUGCCCUCGCGACAGACGACCGAAAAGGCCGAAUCUCCUAGACAUGCAGACUUCUCAGACGACGACGAUGACUCGGAUUUCUCAGAUGCUAGCAUGCACGAAGGAUAUCGGCCUAGAGACGCUCCUUCUAUCUCUCUGAUGCGCCGCAACUCUACACUCCCUCCCACGCCGCCUACACAAUCGCGCAAUGUGAGCGCAACAUAUGCCCACCUAGUACCUUUGCCACGAGAAAAAGCUGGCACCAAUACACCUCCCAACCAGCAAAGACCUCCGACCCCCGACCUCACUCCACCGAAUCUUCGCACCAAGGACCUUGCACCGCCACGACCUACCAUGCCACACUCUACCUCUUCACGCGCUGAAUCUUUUAUGACCGCAAGAGAAACUCAAAGUCAAGCUAGUGCUAGCGCCAGCACUAGCCAGGCCAGUCUUCCGCUCAAGUCAGAAGCAGCACAUAAAUGGUUGGAUGCGACAAAAGGCAUGCGACUGAGCGGUCUGCCCCUGCAGAAUUCACAGCGAGACGCUUCAUCUGGUUCUGGAGAGACGACACCAACGCAAGAAACACAUCGUGCUUUUCCUGCGCCGGCAAUUUCUUCUAAUCUGAAGCGUGCGGGCCACCCUCACCAACAAACAGCGUCCAGUGAAGACAUGCUCGUUGGCAAUCACAGGAUAACAAAAUCUGCAGCCAUGCCUGAUCCCGAGGGAAUCAAUGGCAGCCCUUCUACAACACACAAUGAUCAGCUGCACCGACACAUGCCGAAUGAGAGUUCGAAACCUUUUGUUCUUACAGGUCCGCCUCCACAGCAGAAACAGCCAGCCUUGCGACGAGUCAGCAGGGUCGAUACUUUGCGCGAAGAUGCUUCUUCGAGACGAAGCUCACUCGAGUCUCAGCAUACUUCCAGUCAUAGACCAUCGGCCCUGUCUGGACGAAAGCAUCUGGUCGAUGGCAAUCUUGACACAGCGCGAUCUGUUUCCAACCCCGAGACUGGUCGUAUCAAAGUGCCGGUGACUGACAAGACACAUUUGCUUACUUCUCGCCAGAAUCGGCUGCACCACCCGAAGAACCACGUUUCUCUGAAGCAAGACUUUAUGGAAGGCGAGACGCCGCGUACAUCGCUGGAUCAAGAGGUCAAUCUUGACAGUGACAUCUGGCUCGAUUAUGCAUCUCCAGCUCACAACGAUCAACCUCCGCGAACAAAACUGCGCCAUGUAUCUGCACCUAUCACAAACAGUGCUGACCCUUCGAACAAUGCUUUGAGUGGCGCGUUUCGUCGCAUCAAUGGCCAGGAUGCAAAGAUAAACCUCGGACCACAGCAAGGUUGGAAGAGACACUCUCUCGACGCCGAACUUGAAUCACCCGAGUUGGAACACUCGCCGAGGCUGUCCGUGGAACAUCAGAAGAAUUUGUCAUCUCAAGCGCUGUCUGACUAUGCCCAGCAGACCUCGCCUCGCAAAUCGUCUGAAUCCAGGGACAUUCGUACUCUUCACUCUAGCACGAGUCCUUUCUCACAACUGUCCGAUCGAACGGAUUCAAUGGAGUUGACCGAGGCCAAAGCUAUCAGUCUUUACUCGCAUGAGAAUAAAUCCUUGUUGAUGGUUCAAAAUGUGGUUAAAAGACGGUUGGCAGAAGCUCAGAAUAUGAAGCCGGUCAUUCAAACUUCGCAAUCUACUUUCCAGGCUGUCAUCGACACACCAACACCUCCUAAGCUCGAAGAUCCCGAUCGUGUGGACGUUGACUCUCCUCUCCGAAACCCGCGCACAGCCCCACAAUCACCACGUCUGCCCGCCGUCAUUGUCAGUCCUGCGACUCCAUCGUCUCAGUUCCGCAAGACGCCGUCUCCUCCCUCACCACCACUUCGUCGACCAUCGCUUGUCGAGAAGGCACGAAGGUAUUCUGAGUCGUUGAUUCAACCGUUCCUUCCAACCUCUCUUUCAAGACGGAAUAGUGUUUCGUCACAGCGACCAAAGAGUCAACAAGACAGAGACACAACUCUACAUCCCUUCUGGCGACCUCGAGGCUUCUGGGACGACUUCACGGACAGCGAGGAAGAGUAUUCUGAUGACGAGUUGCCUCUAGGUGGAGAUACGUCUGACGUGCAAAGCUUGGAAUCUCUCCAGCAGAAUAGGGGCUGGAGACCCAAACGCUUGAGCGUGAGGUUACCUGGUUUCAGAGGACAAGGAGGCUUCAUGCUAGGCAACUCUCUAGGCAUCGAUAGACAUGGCACCAACGUGCGUCGCCAUCACGUCUCCAUCGCCAACAACGAUCACCCAAGAUCUUUACACCAGCAACCCGCGAAUAAACAACGAUCUCUUCUGACGAGACUCUUUGUCUCUUUCCCAACUCUUAAGAAAAGAAAGAGUACGGAUUUGUUGAGGGCAGCAGCGCAGAGUACGGAGAGUUUGCGGCGAUUGAGUCAGCGACAGCAACGACGAUGGAAUUUCAGGGGGCUGAGGAGGAAGAUGGUUAGGAGGAGGGAGAGGAAGCAGCAAGUCAAGAGGGAGAAGUAUAGAGAGGAGAUCAAGGAGAGAAUUGGGGCUCCUGUUUACAUGGAGAAUUGA